AUAUCUGUUUGAAACACGAAAAUGGAUUCCAAAGUCGGAAAUCCUUUCUUAAUGGAUGAAAAUUCUGCUCUUGCGAACAUAGUUACGGUUCAGCAACCGUCAAAUCCUUUUCUUCAAGAUCCGAAUUAUACCCAAACUACAUCAGCAUCAGUUGGCGAAAAUCCGUUUUUAAAUUUCUCAGCAGAGCAAUCUUCACAACAGUCUUUGGCUUCAACAAAUCCUUUCGCAACUUCUACUAUGGAAACUGGUACUUCCCAUGAUGAAUUAUGUUCAGAAGAAAAUAAAACAGUUUUUCCGAACGUAAUGCAUAGCCGCAUAGAUCUAGCAUCCACACACAUUUUUGAUGGCGAGAAAAUGCAAAUUCCAGAUAUAUUUAGUUCAGCCCUUGAAGAUUGUGAAGUGCCUGUUAAAAUUACGCAUAACGAAACUUCUUCACCGUCUCGACCACCACCACCAAAGUCAGUACCUCCACUACCUCCAAGAAACACCCAAGAUCUUAUUCUUUCCGUAACAGGAGCGAUGGAUGCUACAUCAAGUCAGAUGUUAGAUCGACUUCAGAAUACUAGAACACCUAGUCCCACAUUGAUGCAUUCUCCUUCACCGACCCCUGAACAUAGUGUUGCUGAUCUUUUAGAUGUAGAUAACAACGUACCAGAUAUACCUGAUGAUGUGUAUAAGGAGAUUGCAAUAACUGAAAGACUUGAUAGCCUUGACAAAUUUAAAGGAGAAAAUUUAGAACCCUCACAUAAUACAACUGUCGACACAGAACUGACAGCCACUGAUACAUUUAAGACAUCAAAAAUUCAGCAAAACAUAUUUAAUAAAAUGCCAAAUGAAACAUUAUUUGCUGGUUACGAUAGCAUUCGAGAGAAUACAGAACAUGUAAUUUCGGGGCAAAUUAUUACGGAGAUAAGUUGCUCUAUAGAGUCCGAAAAUUUACAUGCAGAUCUAAAGGUUGCGUUCACUUCGGUGGAUAGUGGGAGGUUAUGGGAGGCGAUGGAAAAGAUGGGAGUGGAGAUAGGCCUGGUUGAGAGGGUAAUGAAGGUCUAUGAGGAGGCGAAAUAUAGAGUAAUAGGAGAGGAGGGAAUCUUGGAGGGUUUCUGGAUGAAUAGGAGGUUAAGGUUAGAGUUUAAUGCGGAAAAGUCGAAGAUUAUGGAGUUCAGAAAAGGAGGUGGGAGAGUUAAGGCAGAGAAGUGGAAGUUGGAAGGGAAAAGCGGUACAGGAGGUGAAAGAUAUUUUGUACCUGAGCUUUUUAUUUUGGAGGAAUCGGGGAGUGGAUGGUCAUAUAGAAGAGACAGUAAGGAGGGCAAAUGUGGCGAUGAGACAGGUUUGGGGUCUGGGAAAGAGGUUGUUCACAGAUUAUUUGGUGUGGAAGGUAAGGGAGGAGGUAAAGGGGAUCCAAGAAAUGUAUGCAAAAUGGACACUUGGGUUGGCAAGGAAUUCGCCAAAUAUAUUGUCAGGAGGCAGGCAGGAAUAACGAGUUUAGGGAUUAUUGGUUGGUGUUGGCCCAAAGAAACCGAUCAAAUGCAUACAAUUGAAGGUGAUCCAGUUCCUAUAAUUGCACCUCCACCUAGAAGUCCGCAAAAUUCGGCUUACUCUGAUGCUCCUCUUCGAUUCAAUCCCUUUGAUAAGUCUACGAGUAUUGCUCAAGAUGCCAUAAUACCUACUGCGAUUACUCAAGCUCAAGUAACUCGAUCCGACUCGCAGGAGACGCCACCAACACCUCUUUUCGAUGAAGAUGUUAGUCAGCCCUUGGAAGAUUUUCCACGUGUGACUUAUACAGGUGACGGUUGGGAAAUGCAACUUCGUCAACCUAAUAAAAAGAAAAUAACGGGGCAGCGAUUUUGGAAAAAAAUUUUUGUGCGACUCGUAUACCAGGGUGAGAACCCCGUUGUCCAGCUGUCACACAGUAGAGAUGAUAAGGAUCCGUUCCAAGAGUUGCCAUUGUUACCCUGUUACUCGGUUUCUGAUAUUGGAGCUCAACAAUUCGACCAGUACGGCAAAAUAUUUACAGUAAAAGUGCAAUACAUCUUCUACAAAGAAAGGCCAGGGGUUCGGCCCGGUCAAGUUACGAAAGCUGAAAGAUUGACAAACAAAUUAAGUCAAUUUGCAGCGUAUGCCAUUCAAGGAGACUAUCAAGGCGUGAAGGAAUUCGGAAGUGACUUAAAGAAACUAGGUCUCCCUGUAGAACAUGCACCUCAGGUAUCACAACUUUUUAAACUAGGCUCUCAAAAUUACGAAGAUAUGAAAGAAUUUUCCUCAGCGAUCGAAGAAGCCCUUUUUACAUUACCAGCUCAUAGAGAUCGAGCAUUGCAAUAUAAAAUGGAGGAGGUCCAAAUAGCAGUUGUUGAUGAGUUGUAUGUAGAGCAAACUGCAGAAGGUCAUGUGCAAAAGCAAAUAGCACGUGUUCGAUUAUUCUUCUUGGGCUUUCUGUCAGGUAUGCCUGAUGUUGAGCUCGGAAUAAAUGACAUGCGGAGGCAGGGAAAAGAAGUAGUUGGCCGGCAUGACAUAAUUCCUGUAGUCACUGAGGAGUGGAUACGACUGGAAAAUGUUGAAUUUCAUUCCUGCAUCCAGCAAGACGAAUAUGAGGAUUCCAGAAUAAUAAGGUUCAAACCACCUGAUGCGUGUUACAUUGAACUGAUGCGAUUUCGAGUGAGGCCACCAAAAAACAGAGAACUACCUCUUCAAUUAAAGUGCGUUAUGUGCGUUACAGGAAAUAAGGUUGACAUACGAGCAGAUAUACUCGUCCCAGGUUUUUCAUCCAGAAAAUUAGGGCAAAUACCGUGUGAAGAUGUAAUGGUACGAAUACCAAUACCUGAAUGCUGGAUCUAUCUCUUUAGAGUAGAAAAACAUUUUAGAUAUGGUUCAGUAAAAUCUGCUCACAGGCGAACAGGCAAAAUCAAAGGUAUUGAAAGAUUUCUUGGUGCUGUGGACAAUCUUGAACCACAGCUUAUGGAAGCCACUUCUGGACAAGCGAAGUAUGAACAUCAACAUAAGGCCAUUGUGUGGAGAAUGCCAAGAUUACCGAAGGAAGGACAAGGUAGGUUAUUUCAACCCAUAUCACAGAACUCAAAACCAGCCUCCUGUCCAGGAGGAAGCAGCACCCCCAGAAAAGUAGCCAUCACCAAAAUGGAAACGGAAAAAGUUGAAAGCAACUUCUCAGAAGUAACCGCUAGGAGUAAGAAGCGAGAACUCACUAAAAUAUCGCUUAACGCUUUGGACAGCGGUAAUAGUAGCCAGUCCUCAGUCACCUCAAUCAGAGGAAGCAGUAGGACGUCGAGAACGUCAAGCAGCAAGGCUUCCAAUACUAUCUGUAUAAAAGCAGUAAUUUGCCACAUAUACAUGCUCGUUAUUCGGAAUAUCCCCACUGCUUACCCGGAAGAUUCAGUUCUUUCUGAACUCAAAGAGGACGGAUACACUAUUACGUCGGUCGCUCGCAUGAGAAACCAACCAACUAAGAAAGCGCUACCUAUGCUUCUGGUAGCGGUCCCAAAUACUCCACAAACAAAAAAGCUUCUCAAUCUCCAAUCCAUUGCCUACAUAAAAAUAAAAGUAGAACCCUACGUUAAACCAAAGGAAACUUCGCAGUGCUACAAGUGCCAAAGAUUCCAUCAUGUCUCUGACAUGUGCCAUGCCACUCCACGUUGUGUGAAGGUCGGCAUUGAACAUACUAAAGGGGACGGUCCAAAUGCUUACAUUUCUGCAACGAUAUCAAAAAAGAAUUCAGAAAAUACGCCAGAAUUACAAGAAAUACCAGUUCCGGCUGAUUCUGAUUCUGAUUCAUCAGAAUAGUGUAAUGAAUGCUUGUAACUUUUUUUGCAAAAAAAGAGAAUUAUUACAAGACCGCACACAAUAAUGGACGUUCAAUGAGAACUCAACUUCUAGAGAGCUGCAACCAGUUAAUAUAAUUUGUGUUGCUAAUAAAUGUAAAAUGUUACAGACAUUAAACUUUAAGAAUUUCGAAUUUGUUUAGCUUUAUGAGAUAAAUUAAAAUAGUAAUUCGUUUAAAUAGUAGACCAUAGACAAUAAACUGAAUAAACAAACGAUGUAUGUAUGGAACCAUUUAAACAAAAAUGCUUUUAAUAUGGUUUACGUUUAAUAAUUCAAGAACUCUUACAGAACAGUUUAAACUGAAGUAACUGAAACAUGUUUAAACUGACUUAAUUUAAACUAAGUUUAAAAGCAGAUGACCAUACGUAUAAUUCUUGGAUGUAAAUUUGUAGAGGAUACUGUAGCUCGCAGCAGCAUUAAAUCGCUUACCCGACAUAAUUAAUUAUGACGUUACGUAUCUUGUUAGAAUUAAUAAGUUGCCGAGUGCGCACGUUCAACCAAAUCUGUAAUUCAUCCAGUCUGAAAUGUCGCUUGUCCGGCAUGCGAGAAAAUUCAAAGUUGCUAAAAAAUUUAUUUAGAUAUUGCGAUUUCGAUUAAAAUAUUAAAUUCAUAAGCAUUAUUUAAGUUAAAAGUAUUAAAUCUUUCUUUUUAUUGUUUAAAGUUAAAUUGUAAAUGUAGGAGCAAGUAAUUACUUCACAUAAUAACAGUGUAUUAGCUUGGAGGUCAGGCUAUCUAUGUAUGAGCGAAAGACAGGAUAUGACAGUGAAAUUUGAAACAUUUGAAUAUAAUUUAACGCUCUUGUGCUACAGCAGCCCAGAGCUGGACCCAAAAUAUUUCAAAUACACGCGACAAUUUACAUGUAUCUCACUCUAAUGUAAUGGAAUUAUAUUUUAGAAAAAUUGUGUUCGUUCCAGUUUGAUUAGAUUAAAUUACAAAUUACUUGUAUGUGAUUUGUGUUUUCUGCCAAACACACAAGGUCAAACAUUGGGCUGCGCAGUCAAAAUCAAUGGUACAUAGGGUCGCGCAGUUCACUUCUGUGGUUCGUGAGUUAGCACAGUAUACAUGUACUACACUGAUGGCUGUAAAAUACUGUUUUGGCAGUAAUAAGGCUGCGUUUUUCUGCGUUUUUUGCGUUUUUCUGAUACCUUGAGAUGCGGACUAUUCUCAUAAAAUAAGCGCCUAUCAUUAUACUGAUUUUCUUCGCAUAAUAAUAGUCCGUCUCAGCUGCUAAUACCUAACAAUUAUUUACUCGUACUUCCGGCAUCUCUCCUGACAAUAUAAUUAGGCGUAUUCCUUGCCAAUCCCAGUGUCCACUUUACAUGCUUCUCCUGUUUCCUGUUUACCUUCUCACUUCCCUCACACCUACAGCUCCACUCCAUAAAAUAAGUCACUCUUUACUAGUAACUCGAAUAAUUUUAUUUUUCUUCCAAAAUCAUCUUCGAAUAACUUCUUUCUCGGCGAGCGACUAUUUCCUAACCCCUCCUACCCUAACUCCUCUUACUACUCGGCUGCUAGCUUACUUUUAAUAUCUGCGUUUAAAAUCGCAAAAAGCAUUGUGCUAAGCACACAAUCUUGUAUCAACCUACUGUCCAUCCAGAAACACUCCUAAAUUCCCUCUUUUUCUCUCACCCUAUCUUGCAUCUGUUCAUAUACCUCCUUAUGCUCACGAUUAGGCCUCUCUACUCCCAUUUACUCCAUCUUUAAAGAAUUCCAUCUAUUCCUCACCCCAUAUCUUCUCACUUAUUCCCCCCCCCCCUCGUUUCGUAAACCCAUUCAUAAUCUUUCACACGUCUCUUUCUGUCUUAAAUUCUUCAAAUCCUUUUCCAGGUAUUUCUCCUUUUUCUGCUAUUUCGUUGUAGACAUCAACUUAUGCUACAUUCCAGUAUAGCACACUGACUACUCAACCUACAUGCUUUAGCCCUACCUCCUCGUUUCUUUCGAAAUAAUUCAACAUGCAAUACCUCUAGCUCCUCUUUCUCCUCGUCCAACACCUACAUUUUCACAUCUAUUUUUAUUUUUUUGCCCAAUCUUUGUCAUUCUCCCUGCGAUCCCAUUCCUUAUAGCCCUAUUGUUCAGUAUUCUCUGCACAUCCCUAUCGUUCCGCGUCAAAUCGUUGUCGAUGAAAACUUCUUGAUUCUUGAUCGUAUUUUAAUUUUGCUAAGUUUGCUAAUUUUGCCUAAGUUCUCUAACUCCACGGCCGCCACUCAAUCCCCAUUUUUUCCCUCCAGUUUAACUACCUAACAUUCCUCAACCGCCUUACAACAAUAUUAUUUCUCUUUCUACCUUCUCUUUCUCUCAAUUCUCAGCUCCACUGCCCUUACCCUUUCUCUAGCCACCACCUCCCCCUUUUCGCUCCUAUGCUCUCCCAUUUCCUCUUCUAUUAUGUGCUCUACCCUCUCCCAGCUCCCUUUCUGUUCGUACUCCGUCCUGCCAAUUAUUUUUAUGUUUGACAUUCCUUCUAUUUCACCUAGACUUUUUCCCAUCCUUUCCUUUCACAACCUAAUUUCCUGUUACACUUGUUUCACUUUACUUCCUUUUCCUUUCUGCCCUCCAUCAUUACUCUCUAGCCCUUCUACUUUCUCCUUCAGAUCUUUUAUCUCCUGUUCCCAUUUAGCAUCACAAAUAUAAUAUCUACUGCUUGUCUUGAAAGGACUCUGUAUUCUUUGCACGUUUUUCCUCUUACUACUUCUCGCUAACCUCCUCUAGCUCUGUCUCUUCCUGCUCUUUCAUCGGUAACAGAGACCUCUCCAUACAGAAUCUACUGGAACCGAUAGAUAUCUCUGAACUCUUCAUUUGCCUAUUGCCCUAUACGUUCCUUUAUUUUAUUUGGAUACCCCUUAUCAGCAAUUGUGGAUACCCUUUUCCUUCCUGAACAUUACAUAACCAUACGAGGACCACCCGUGACCCAUUUGAAAGCUUACAAAUCCUGUCCACAAACUUUGCAUAAAUUCUGGUCAAUUUAACCUCACUUUCUCUAUUUCGCCAAAACCUAACUGACGUCUGCGCUUUAACUAUACUUUUCACUCCCUGGCGCACUCCACAUACGCUUACUUACCUUCUGAGGAGGUAAGUGCUCAUUGAAGUUCACUGUUACGCAGGAUUAUGUAAUCCGUGAUAAUAUGCCUGCGCAGUAAAGUUCCUGAGCACAUACAACUGUGUAAUCCAGUUGUACGACAUUCGUGAAUACGCAGUAGACUUAUUAAACACAUGAAAGUUCAAAGUAAAGGCCCGAAAUGCUAAGACUAAUAAGUCUACAACGCAUUAUGAAAUGUCAUCGAAGUGCGCUGCGCAGCUGUAUGUGUCAGAGAACUCUACUACGCAUGUGCAUUAUCAUGUGCCUUAACUGUGAACGCAGAUGUGCCUUAUUAGUCUAUUGCUCAUCUGAAAAUGUCUUAGAACUGCACUGCGCAGCCGAUUGUGCUGAAAACCCCUAUCACAAAUCCAGAGUACCACCGAACUGCACUGCACACGCUUAUGUGCCUUUUAAGUCUACAGAGUAUCCGUAAGCUGGGUCGAACUGCACUGCGCAGACACAUAUAUUGGAAAACUCUACUGCGAGACCUUAGUACCAUGAUCAGUACUGCGCGCCCUCCUGUGCUUCAUAAAUCAACUGCGCAUCUUUAAGUUUCGUAUAAGUCUACUGCACAUAUGCUUGUAUCAAAUAAAUAUACUGCAUAGUUGAGUAAUGUUGAACGGCACUGCGCACCCUUAUAUGCCAUACAUGGCUCUCAUAUAAUUCUACAGCGCAAUCCUAGUUACCUUAAAAGUUUUAUGUGCAACCCCGGUUAAUACAUAAGUUCAAUUCACAAUAGCAUAUAUUACAGAAGUCGACUGCGCACCCAUUAGUAUGGUACUACAUCACUGCGCAGCCCCUGUUCUUUAUAACUAUAAUGUGCUAUCCUGUGAAACAAGGAACUAUACUGUAAAUAUUUAUGUUCCGUGCCAUACUACUGCGCACCCCUAAAUGUUGUACAAUUUCAGUGCACAGUCAUACCUACUGUAUAAGUAUUCUGCGCAGCCCUUUGUACCACAUUGCUGUACCACGCACCCGCAUAGGCCAUGCAAUCUAUUAUGCAAGUCUAAUUGUCGUAGAACUACCUUACGCUGUCCUAUGUACUGAAGAAAUCUACUGCGCAGCUCUAUGUAUCACAUGCCUUUAAUGUGCAGUUUUAAUCAUAGUAGAAGUCUCCAACGUGGACUCAUGUACUAUUUAAGUGUACUGCGCUGAGCAUUCACGUUUAAACUCUGCAGAGCAGUUCGCCACUCCCACUCCACCUCUUAAAUUAUUUCGUCAAAUUAACUUAGAAAUCGUUCCAAUGACUUUAUCUAUGUAAUUAAAAUAAAUUGUUAAUUGUACCUUGUGUAUGUGGUAGAAAAUACAAAUUAUAUGCAUACAUACGAGUAGUUUGUAAUUUGGGUUAAUUACAUUGGAUAAUUCACGAAAUCUUUAUAUCUAAUUCAAAUACAAAUUGAAACACAUGUAAUUUCUUCUCAAAAUCCAUGAAUUCAGAUUUUCGCCAAUUAAUGACCAGCUCUGUUCGAGCUCAGGAAUUUUGGCAAAUUUACGUGAAACAAAAAUCAGAUUUAUGUAAAAAUAAAAUAAAGAAAGAUAAAAACCGUGUUGAAGUAUGUAAGCAUUAUAGUGGUACGCAAUA